UGGUAUAUAAAGGAGUUGCCGUUCCUCACUCUUUCACUUGCUCAUGGCCUGAACGCGUGAUCAACCUAACAAUGUAAACAUGUCAACAAAAAUUUUGCGAUCGCUUAGUUCUCUAGCCUCAACAGCUGAAAACAGCAAGAAAUAUGAGGUGUGGAGAAGGGCCCAGGAGGCAGUUUCUGCAUUAAACACACUUCAGAGCAAUGCACAGACUCUGGAGAAAAUACGGCAGCAAGGGGGCAAAAAGGCCGAACUCAACAUCCCCAAUGUGAUCAAGUUUGCCGAACGAGUUGGUAUCACAUUGGAUGAUGUGGAUAAACUCUCUGUCAUCCACGUAAGUGGAACAAAAGGAAAGGGAUCCACGUGUGCCUUUUGUGAGAGCAUACUGAGACACCAGGGUUAUAAAACAGGGUUCUUCAGUUCACCACAUCUGGUUGAAGUCCGAGAGCGUUUCAGAAUCAAUGGAAUUCCAAUCACCAGGGAGAAGUUUACAGAUUAUUUCUGGGAUGUGUUCCUGAAAUUGGAAAAAACAAAGGAAUCAUUUGAUGGAUCCAUGCCCACUUACUUCUCUUUUUUGACCGUGAUGUCCCUACAUGUGUUCUUGAAAGAGAAAGUAGAUGUGGCCAUCUUGGAGGUGGGGAUUGGAGGGCAGUAUGAUAGCACUAACUUAGUCAGGAAACCAGUCGCCUGCGGAGUUACGUCCCUUGGUCUUGAUCAUACUUCUAUACUGGGCGACACUGUGGAUAAAAUUGCCUGGCACAAAGCUGGAAUAUUCAAGCCAAAUGUACCAGCAGUCACCUCACCCCAGCCUGAUGUUGCCUUAAAUGUCAUCAAAGAGCGGGCCAAAGAAAUUGGGUGUCCAUUGAGUGUUGCCCCUCCUUUGUCCACUUUUGAGUCCAGUGGACAACCCCUCAGUCUUGGGAUAGCUGGACACAUGCAGAGACAAAACGCAGCAAUAGCCAUUGAAUUGUGUAAAUUGUGGAUAGCCAACAGAGCGAAGCGGCAGAAAUCCACAGAGGAUGAUGGAGACAGACAGACAACACAGUGGAAUACAGGGGACACGAGGCUUCCUUCAUCAGUGACUGAAGGACUAAAGCAGUGUAGAUGGGAUGGCAGGAACCAGAGAAUAAAGAAACCAGGAAUCACAUAUUAUCUGGAUGGUGCUCACACAUUAGAAAGUGUUCAGCAAUGUAUUGAGUGGUUCAAGUCUGCUUCAGCAGAGGAAUCAAAAACACUGAGUGGUAAAGUAAUCCAGGUCCUUGUAUUUAAUUCGACAGGAGAUAGAGAGGCCAGUGUACUUAUUGAACCUUUGGUGAAUUGUGGUUUUGAUGCAGCAGUAUUCUGUCCAAAUAUUACCUUCUCUUCUCUCAAUACUGUUGCACGCUCCACUAAAACAGAUGCCACAAAUUUCACUGUCACAAAGGAAAGUCAGCUGAACCGUGUGCUUGCCAACAUGCUGUUGUUUGAAAGACUGGCAGUGAAGAGACUACAGCAACAAAUGUACGAAAAAGAAACAACGCAGAGAGAAGAAAGAUGUGAUGUAAAAAGACCAAAAUUAGACACUGAAAACAUUGAAAACAAGGGAGAUAACUCCCAAACCGUCUGUGAUAUUGAAGACUGUGUUAUCACCAAGGAUUUUCCUUGUAUUUCCUCAGCAUUAAAUUGGGCAACUCAGGGAAAAGAACCAACUAUUUCAUCUCAGGCUCUCAUAGAAUUCCCCUCCAAAGUGAAGAAUGCAGAUCAUAUUCAGAUUUUAGUGACUGGAAGUCUGCAUUUGGUUGGGGGUGUUAUAGGGCUUAUUGGACCUGAAUAAAUAUCAGUUUUUUA